GUUGGUAUUCCAAACAGUAAACACGGUCUUUCUCUAGUGAUCAAAACGUACCGAAAAAUCCGCGUGUUUAGGUAGUCCACUCUUGGAAAGUUUAAAGUGCAAGUAUUAAAGUUUCAAAGUGCAUCCGCUAGUGUUCUCCAGGUCCUUUUUUAGUUUGUUUCCGGCCGACAUCCUGCUCUGCCGGACUAAGGAUAGUGUUUCCUCCGUCUCUGCGUGAUUACGCCAACAAGUUUAAAGGUUUUCGGAGAUAAAGUGGCUAAAUAGCCAGGAAGCAGUUACAAAGGAAAGGAUUAAGGACAAAAGGAUUGAGGACAAAGGAAACCAGGAACAAUCACGGUGACAAAGGUCGCUUACUUGGCGUCAAAGAAUUGACACAAAGGACACACGGCAGCAACUAACUGGUCGAUAGGGAAUUCCAUUUGAAAAAAAAAUACCACGUGUGGCAAGCACCAAAAUGACUGGCGAACGCAAAGGAAACGUGCUGGUUACCGGAGGAGCCGGCUACAUCGGUUCGCAUACGGUCGUAUCACUCCUAGAGGCCGGCUAUAGCGUCAUCGCUUUGGAUAAUUUUACUAACUCCGUGAACUCAGCAAAGAACGAAUCGGUUGCGCUCAAGCGUGUAGAGGAAAUCACUGGCAAGCAGAUUACGUUCUACCGUUGCGAUCUGCUGGAUAAGGACGCUGUGGAUGCAAUUUUCAAAGCUCACCAAAUUGAUUCUGUAAUACAUUUUGCGGCCCUGAAGGCCGUUGGCGAAUCAAUGACAAACCCGUUGCUGUACUACAAGAACAACAUGAUUGGCAUGAUCAACCUUCUGGAGGUCAUGGACAGUCAUCGAAUUUAUAAAAUGGUUUUCUCUAGCUCGUGUACAGUUUACGGUGAACCCGAAACGCUUCCUAUCACAGAAGGAAAUCCAACCGGAAAUGUAACUAACGUGUACGGAAGAACGAAGUAUUUUAUCGAGGAAAUGCUGAAGGAUGCCGUACGGGCCGAUGCCAAGUGGAACAUAAUCGCGCUGCGAUACUUCAACCCGGUUGGGGCGCACAAGUCUGGACGAAUUGGAGAGGAUCCGACCAAACAGUUCACAAAUCUGAUGCCCUACAUUAGCCAAGUCGCCACCGGAAAAAAAGAUGUGCUUACCAUAUUCGGUAACGAUUACAGCACUCCUGAUGGAACAGGGGUUAGAGACUACGUUCACGUUAUGGAUCUUGCUAGUGGGCACGUGGCUGCAUUGGAUAAGUUGGAUAAAAUGCAUUUGGGAUUGAAGAUGUACAAUUUGGGAACCGGCAAAGGCAUAUCAGUAAUGGAGUUGAUCAACACCUUUGAAACGAUAAAUGACGUAAAAGUACCGUACGUAAUUCAAGAACGGCGGGCAGGCGACAUUUCUGCUAUGUACGCGAAUGCUAAUCUGGCCGAAUCGGAACUGGGCUGGAAGGCUGUUCAUACCGUCGAAGAAAUGUGUGAAGACUUCUGGCGAUGGCAGCAAAUGAAUCCGAACGGCUAUAAAGGUGAACAAAUGAACGGUUUUCAUUAAUGCCAGUAGUUAAUUCUUUCAGUCUAGAUAAGGAAAACUUUUUUAGAAGCCUAUUUAUUCGUUUUAUCAUACAACUUUUAUUAUUUCGAACAGUCUUGUGUUUUGUAGUUUUAGCACUUCUAUCCCGAUCGAUGUGAAGUUCGGAUAAACAUUUCGUGCAAAUAAUUCCAAGCACCUUGGCUUGUUGGGAAGCAAAUCAAUGAAUAAAUCUAAAAGUAUGAAUAAAAAAAUUUCAAUAAUUUC